GGGAAACAUGGCUGGAUGCCUGCAAUAUAGUUCCGUGGAUAAUGCAGUGGCAAAGCUGUCAAAAAUACAGGAAUAUCUUGAUUUAGGUUAUUCAACUACUCUAGACGUUGCACUUGAUGUAGAAGAAAGUAAUUUUACGGGCGAAGCUUCACCUCAUGUCGAAAAAUUAAAGGAAAUUACUAUGUUGUACACUGGAAUGGAGCAAGAACUUAAACGAUACCUCAAGGCUUCUGAGCUGACCAAAAUAGCGUUCAAAAAAGAUUAUGAAAAACUUACUGAUGGUAGUGUGCCAGAUAUUGAAGAAAUUUUCAAAAAAAAGUUAGAAGAGACAGAGCCUGAUGUUGAAGAUCUAAAUGAACACGCGCAACUAAAGGAGUUUGUCAAGCAAAUAUGGUAUGUUCACCAUAAUGGAGAACCUUUGCCGUCUGAUGCUGUUGAAAAUGAUGAUGCAGACAUUAUUGUUGCUCAGGCAUCAGAGGAAUCAGUCAUCUGUCCUUUAACACAACAACAGAUGGUAGAACCUGUGCGUAGUAAACAAUGUCACCAUAAUUAUGAAAGGAUGGCCAUUUUGCAACACCUUAAAUCAAGAAACAAAAGAGUGCGGUGUCCCAUUGCUGGCUGUAGCCAUUACGUAGUGGAGGGAGAUCUUGAAGCAAACCAUAAUCUUGCUUUCAGAAUCAAACGAUUACAAAGAAAACCAUAACUUUAGUAUACACUUCUGUUUUACAGUUACAUUUUGUUAAAUACUGAUCUAUUAUAUUUCUAAGUAUUUAUCACAAAUAUAUACAGAAACAAAA